AUGCUUUCCAUCUUCCUGUCAAAACACCUGGAAAACAACUUGAUCGCACAACAUCCUCAAUGUGAACUGAAGAGAAAGCAGCGCUUGGCGCUUUUUUUCUUCUGCGAUGGAUCGGAUACGCAAAAAAGCUCAGAGACAGGCAUCCUGCGUGGCCUAUUAUUCCAGGCAAUCCGUCAACGGCCAUCCUUGCUGGGCCACCUGAUAAGGAUUUGUGAAGAUCAAAGCAAAGAUCUCUUUCAAGACUGGUCUUUCGAAUGUCUCUGGACGGUCUUACGGGCAUUUCUUCUCGAUGCGGCCAUACCUGGUACGCUUGGACUGAAAGAGGACGAGUUAGAAGAUCCUCAAAAUCCUUCGGCCUGCAUCAUCGUGGACGGCCUGGACGAAUGUGAAGCACCCUCCAUACGCAGAUUGGUGCACAAGUUGUCCAGGCUUGAGGAAGACGACGAACUACGUGCGCGAAUGAAGGUGAUCGUCAUUAGCAGGGAGAGGCCCAACCUUCGAUACGCGUUUGUGGGACGUUAUUUACAGCUGAACCUGGAAGACCCGCGCAAUGCACAAGCUGUCUUCGCAGACGUCCAGCGAUACAUCGUCCAGCAAGUGGACAGUAUAGCUUCUGCUGACAAAAAAGACUACCCAGAAGAACUUCGCAAUUCAGUGGCAAGUUUCCUUAGCCAAAACACACAAGCGAAGUUCCUUUGGGUCUUCCUGGUCAUGACGGAGCUGGAGGCAACAUCCCGCAUCGAGGCAUGGGAACAACUCAGCCGUCUACCUUCUACGAUAGAUGCUCUGUAUGAAUGGAUGAUUAUGAAAAUACCGCAUCAAUGGCGAGAGACGUUGUCCAAGGUUCUUCUAUGGGUCACACUUGCCUAUCGUCCCUUGUCCGUCGCGGAACUGGCUACAGCUCUAGAUGAACGACGUCUCGGGUUGACAGACUCGGAAAUAAUACGCGGCUGCGUCAGCCACUGUGGCCAAAUCUUACGAACGGCCGCUGACGGAACAAUUCAUCCAGUACACCACAGCGCUCGGGAAUACCUCUAUGAACGACUCGAGUCAGCUCCAUCGUUCUUCAAGGACUGCGUCGAGCUGAAUCCUUUCAAUCUCAAGGAGGGCCACAAGUUCAUUGCCAGUUUUUGCAUAAAGAACUUGGUGAUUCCCAAUUGGCCAGGAAUUCGAGAUAGUGGUAAACGAAGCAAGAAAAACGAGAAGACCAGGGACCGUGCCAGAUUCAGCUCGGGCACAUCGACUGCCCUUUCGGACUAUGCCAGAGAAUUUUGGGCAAGGCAUAUCAGAAAUGCCGAGGACUUGAUGUUGGAGAUAGCAGACAGCCAUUCGGAGUUAUUCGGAGAGAAUUCUUCAACGCGUGGGUUGCUGGCCCAUGAGUUCUCAAAGGGUCUUUUGACGAUGGACACUCCCAUCCUCCACUUCGCGGCGUAUCAUGGAUUUACACCACUCGUCCAACGACUUCUUAAGAGGGGAUGGAGGAAUAAGCUGAGGGCACGACGUUUGAUGAGACAGAAAGACAGCCUUGGUCGCACUGCUCUGCAUCUAGCUACGCACUACCACGAUAACGUCCCUAUCGUUGAGUUGUUGCUUGGUCGAGGUGCCGACGUGUCUUGCAAAGACCACGCGGGCGCCACAGCGCUCGAUCACGCGACGAAAUACGGCACUCCCGAGAUGGUCAGCUUCCUCGUGGCUCAGGGACAGCAAUAA